AAGCAAACCCAACAACACUGCCCUGCCGGCUCACUUGGUUAAAUCAACUCCAUAAAAAACCUCAAGUCGUUCUCCAAAAUGCCGUCAGACACGUCAAAAACAAUGUCCAGCCGUCUGAUGACGAUGAAGGUAUAUACUCACACCCCUCCUGCGCUGAGGAAUAAUUGACAAUCGCACAGUUUAUGCAACGCUCAGCCGCGAAAUCUGUAGCGAAGCCAUCACCAUCGAUGCCAAAUGGACCACCCUCGAAGAAGGCGCGUCUUUCACACAAUGGCGCAUCCGCACCUGGCACACCAGAUCACGAGAUCCUACAAUCAGCGCUGGUAGCAGAGGAGAAGAAGCGGCAGGAAGCACUCGACAAGGCCGCGCAGUACACAGGCGAGACAAAGUGGGUGUUGAGCUUCAAGGAUCCGCUAGAGGGGAAGCGUCAAGAGGCGAUGCAAGUCAGACAAGCGGGGUUUGCGGAGAUAGACGCGGAGGAUAGCUCCGAGGAAGAGGAGGAAGAGGAGGUACGGCCAGUCAGGAAGCAGUACGGUGGGGGUGUGAAGAAGAAGGAGAAACCGGUCGCUUUUGAAACAGCAGAAGGCUCAGAGGGUGAGACGGAAUCGUCGUCUGGCGAGUACGACUCGGACGACCCUGCGGCAGAGCUCAUACGGGAGACCAAACGCGAAGUCAACGCGCAGCGACGCGAAGCCAAAGCACGAGCAAGUCUAGGCGACGGCUCACCAAGAGGGCCACCGCGGCAGCUCGACGAGGACAUGGACCUUGGCGGGCUGACUACUCUGUCGGGAGGUCGCAGGCCGGGCGGGGGUAAUAGCAGCCAAGUAGAGUGUUUCAAGUGCGGGCAGAAAGGACAUAUGAGGGACAACUGCCCCAAGGGCGGGGCACCUCGUGGUUCGGCUGGGCGGGGGAGGGGCAGAGGCCGAAGGUAGGGACGGAAGCCCAGGGGGAGAGGCAGAGGCCAAGGGUCGGGACAUUGGUGUCGUGUAUUGUUAGGUUUGCGCGUUUUAUGAGAUACCCAGCGAGUGUUGCAUUUUGUC